AUCUCUGCUACCUGGGAUCAGGAGUCACCAAGAUGCCCAUUUUGGAAAAAGUUCCCCAUGAAGUGGCUGCAAAAACUCCUAGCAGGGAGGAGGAGCCUGGGCUGCCCAAGCUGCCAGUGCCCCCACUGCAGCAGACACUGGCCACCUACCUGCGGAGCAUGCAGCAUCUGGUGCCUGAGGAGCAGUUCCGGAGGAGCCAGGUCAUCGUGCAGCAGUUUGGGGCCCCUGGUGGCCUCGGUGAGACCCUGCAGCAGAAACUUUUGGAGAGACAGGAGAAAACAGCCAACUGGGUAUCUGAGUACUGGCUGAAUGACAUGUAUCUCAACAACCGCCUGGCCCUGCCAGUUAACUCCAGCCCUGCCAUCAUCUUCACCCUGCAGCCCUUUCAAGACACCAGUGACCAGCUCAGGUUUGCAGCCAGCCUCAUCUCAGGCGUGCUCAGCUACAAGGCCCUGCUGGACAGCCACUCCAUCCCCACAGAUUGUGCCACAGGCCAGCUCAAGGGGCAGCCCCUCUGUAUGAAGCAGUACCAUGGGCUCUUUUCCUCCUACCGGCUCCCUGGCCAUACCCAAGACACGCUGGUAGCCCAGAAGAGCAGCAUCAUGCCAGAGCCUGAGCAUGUCAUUGUGGCCUGCUGCAACCAGUUCUUUGUCUUGGAUGUGGUCAUCAACUUCCGCCGUCUCAGUGAGGGGGAUCUGUUCACCCAGUUGAGAAAGAUUGUCAAGAUGGCUUCCAAUGAGGAUGAACGCUUGCCUCCCAUUGGCCUGCUGACGUCAGACGGGAGGAGCGAGUGGGCAGAGGCUAGGACAACCCUCGUGAAAGACUCUACCAACCGUGACUCGCUGGACAUGAUCGAGCGCUGCAUCUGCCUGGUGUGCUUGGAUGCCCCCAGUGGUGGGGACCUCAGUGACACUAGCAGGGCACUCCAGCUCCUCCAUGGAGGAGGCUACAGCCAGAAUGGUGCCAACCGCUGGUAUGACAAGUCCCUGCAGUUCGUGGUGGGCCAAGAUGGCACAUGCGGCGUGGUGUGUGAACACUCCCCAUUUGACGGCAUCGUCCUGGUGCAGUGCACAGAGCAUCUGCUCAAGCACAUGACAAAGAGCAGCAAGAAGCUGGUCCGAGAGGACUCUGUCAGCGAGCUCCCUGCACCCAGAAGGCUGAGGUGGAAAUGCUCCCCCGAGAUCCAAGGCCACUUGGCCUCUUCAGCAGAAAAGCUCCAACAAAUAGUGAAGAACCUGGACUUUACUGUAUACAAAUUUGCUGGCUAUGGGAAGACAUUUAUCAAGAAGCAGAAGUGCAGCCCCGAUGCCUUCAUCCAAGUGGCCCUGCAGCUGGCCUUCUACAGGUACCACCAUAGACUGGUGCCCACCUAUGAGAGCGCAUCCAUCCGGCGGUUCCGGGAGGGGCGGGUGGACAACAUCCGGUCGGCCACUCCGGAGGCACUGACCUUUGUGAAAGCCAUGACCGACCACAAGGCUGCUGUGCCUGCUUCUAGGAAGGGACAGCUCCUGCGGGAUGCCAUCCGUGCCCAGACUGAGUAUACUGUCAUGGCCAUAACGGGGAUGGCUAUUGAUAACCACCUGCUGGGACUUCGGGAGCUGGCCCAGGACCUGUGCACAGAGCCACCUGAGAUGUUCACAGAUGAGACGUACCUGACCAGCAACCGGUUUGUCCUCUCUACCAGCCAGGUGCCCACAACCAUGGAGAUGUUCUGCUGCUAUGGCCCUGUGGUCCCCAAUGGCUAUGGUGCCUGCUAUAACCCCCAGCCUGAGACCAUCCUCUUCUGCAUCUCCAGCUUCCACAGCUGCAAGGAGACCUCGUCCAUGGGGUUUGCAGAAGCUGUGGGCUCAAGCCUCUCUGACCUGAGAGCCCUGUGCAGCCUGCCGCAGCCCACUGACAGCAAGCCACUGGCAACAGAGGGCAAAACCAAGGGGCCCAGCCAGGGCUACCAGCCUUGACUUCAGCUCCAAGUCCAGCCCUCUGCACCUGCCAGACCCUGCCUCACCCUUGUUUGCAUCACUCUCCCCAUCCCCACUUUCUGCACAGCCCUGGUCCACGGGCCCUGGUUAUCACCUAAGCUAGAGUGUUGGGAGGUAAAGGGCACCUUGUAGGAUGGCCUGUGCCAUGGGAAUGAGGCCAUCCUGGUUCCCAGGAGGUGAGGUGCCCAGCAACUCCCUGUAUGCCCCUCCAGAGCUUAAUGCUCAUGUUCCUUCCCCUGCAGGAUCUAGCGUGUCUGGAGAUGUUUCUGCCCAGCAAAACAAUGAAUCACUCUAUUAUGCACCAUGCACAUAAAUGAAUCACAGAGGCAGAGGCUAGCUCAGGGCCAUUACCCCCUUUCUUUCUGAGAGGAGCUGGGGGGAAGCUUUGUGUUUAGGUUCAAAGCAUCUGAUGGUGGCAUUCAGGGUCUCCACUGAGCCAUACAGUGCUGCUGACAUCCACUGUGUGCACACACAGCCCAAGUCCAUUUGCAACAUGGCAAUCUGCACUUUAGGCAUGUUUCUCCCUCAGAAGGGCAGCCUUCUGUUGAGGUCAGGAAAUCUCGCCCACCUUCUGGGAAAGCAAAGCACUAUGGGCAUCCAUGUUGGAGUCCUUGGGGCUCUCUGCCUUUUGUGUAGCAUUGGGAAGAGUUGGAACAGUCAACCAACAUCCUGGAGCAGGCAGGGUCCUGCCACUUGCAUGUUUUCCACAUCCUCCAUCUGUCUCCCAGGACACAG